AUGCUGAUUAUUGAUUUUAUAGGCACUGGUAUUCGCCGUCAGUGCUACGAGCACUUCAAAAACACCUACCCAGAUUCUUAUCAGGAUAUCCUCAAUACCUACGAAGAACUCAACAUGCUGUCAGAUGCUCCUCAAACCAUCGCGCAGCGCACACAAACAUUUCAGAAGCUUACCAGGAGGGUAGGAAGCAUCCUUGACGGAGCUGCUACCAGGCAAGGUUUUGAGGCUGCCCUGGUCAUGUGUGGCAAUAUUGUCAAUGAAGAUGCAUCACUCGGCCAUGUUCACAUGACGCCUGGUGCUGGUGGCUUCUUCGACAGGCACUGCCGAGCCAGUGACCAUGUCAUCAUCGGGCACAUGAAAGCCCAUGUUUACAAUACUAUGUCACUUGCUGCCGUGGAACAGACCUUCAAGACCACUGAAGGGGACGAGGAGCAGGCACCGAUAGAGGUCUUGGAUGUGAGCUCGUCUGAUGUAGGCGAAGAGAAGGAUGCGUUAAAGUCGCUCAAGGCUGGGCUAUUUUCGGAUAGACCCUUCCCAUGGAUAUUGAUGCCUAGCUCACUCGCUAAUGAUCACCUACGUAUUGAGGGGUACCCCGUGCACUUAAGUUUGAUGCCAGGAGAGUCUCACAACAGUAAUUCACGGAGUAAAGGUGUUGCAGGGCUCACGCAACGCAAGGUCAAUGUACUCGCACUCGCAUUGAAGGCAAAGACAAUGCGCGUUGUCAAAGUAACAAAAGCCAUUGGAGGUACGUGCUACAGCCUUUUGAAAUCACUUUAA